AUGGAAGAGAUCAGUCAACAAUUGCCUGCAUACGGGAAUGAGCAGAAGCACGAGCCUUUCUAUGAUGAGGAGAACAUUGUCAAGCAGGGUGAGGUUCAUGAUGCCUUCGGUAAUGAGGAGUAUGCGGAGAUCAAGUACAAGACUCUCAAGUGGUGGCAAUGUGGUCUUCUCAUGAUUUGCGAGUCAGUGUCGCUGGGUGUGUUAUCCCUGCCCUCUGCAGUCGCUACCUUGGGUCUGGUACCUGGGGUCAUCCUCAUCGUCGGGCUUGGCCUUCUGGCAACAUACACUGGUUAUAACAUCGGCCUCAUGCGUGAGCGCUAUCCGCACAUCCAGAACCUUGGUGACGCAGGAGAGAUCUUGCUGGGCCCCUUCGGGCGCGAACUGUUCGGCAUUGGUCAAUUUCUCUUCUGCCUGUUCGUCAUGGGCAGCCACAUCCUCACUUUCCGAGUCAUGAUGAACACCAUCACGAACCACGGCACCUGCUCGAUCGUGUUCGCACUGGUCGGCAUGCUUAUCUCUCUCAUCCUGUCUAUCCCUCGAACUAUGAAGGGCAUGACUUGGAUUUCGUUUGCCUCGUUCGUCAGCAUUUUCUCCGCUGUCAUGAUCACCAUGAUUUCUGUCGGGGUCCAAGAGCACCCUGGCCGAACCAUCCAAGCUACUGUCGACACAAACUUGUACACGGCCUUCCAGGCUGUCUCGAACAUCGUAGCCCCCCAGGAUUUCAAGAAGUCGCUUUUCAUGCUUCAGGGCUUCGAAAUCUGCCUCUACUUGACUGCCUCCGUGGUGAUCUAUUACUAUGUCGGUACAGACGUGAAGUCCCCGGCCCUAACUUCCGCUGGCCCACUGAUGAAGAAGAUCGCCUACGGAAUCGCCAUCCCUACCAUCGUCGGUGCUGGGGUCGUGAACGGCCACAUUGGGCUGAAGUACAUCUACUUCCGUCUUUGCGCCAAGUCCGGCUUGAUUCACCAACGCAGCUUCAAAUCCAUUGGCAUCUGGGUUGGUCUUGGUCUGGUUCAGCUAUGGGCUGAGUGGUAUCUACUGGCUUCACCUCAACAGGGCGAGUGGUUCGCUUCGCCGCGCAAGAUCGCCUUGACCGUUCUGAAUAUCGUUGUUGCGCUUUUCGGACUGGCGCUUUGUGGGCUUGGUCUGUACGCCUCGGGUACUGCCAUCCACGACGACACGAACAGCAGCAGCUUUACUUGCAAGAACACCGAUACUUGA